AAUCCGGCCGUCACCAGUGCAGGCAUGAACAUGCCCUUUGGCUAUACCCACAGGAACAAGCGCUCUCAUGAUCAAAUGGACCUAGAAGAUUCCGCCUCACCACCUUGGGGUCACUUCAACCACCGUCUUUCCGCGCCCCGCGAGCCCUCUGCCGGCGCCUCACAUUCUCAAAGGGAAACCGGAGAAAUCAACCACCCCAACACAAACCUCGACCACACCAUGCCUCGCCGCUAUCAUGGAGAUGGUUUGGACUUCCGCCGCCCCGUCGUACCCCCGCCUGUCAUAGAUCUCACCGACGAAGAUGCGGUGCCCCCCCGCAACACCGCCCGACCACCCCGGUUCAGCCGAGACAUCAUGAACAAUGUGAUUGACUUGGAGUCGGACGAACCACAAAAUGCUUCGGGUCCUUCUGAGCCCGACAUUCAAUUCAUUGCCUCUCGGCCUAUUCAUGCAGCCAAUCGACGACCAACCCGACAUCCGACACAUUCAGACGCUAGCGAAGGGGGUGACGACGAGGUGGAAUUCCUGAUGGAGACAAGGAGGGCUCUUCCCAGUGUGGGUAUUAUCCAAUCCAUGAUGGAGCUUCCUCAGCUACGUGUGACCGCGGGGCACGCGCACAACGAGCAUCGGCGCGCAGAGCGCCAGCGCCAGGCCACCGAAAAUCGGUUUAAUAACCUUGCGCAUGCUGCUCGUACCCGAACGGGCUCUAACCCUGCCCCGCGACCGCCACCAAGACGCUCUGCAGGGUCCACCAGGCUGCAAAAUGUCCAUGUUGCUACUUUUAUAGCACCCCGUAUGGAGUAUGCUCGAGCGGCAUUCGCCCUCGGGAUUCAGGACGAACCACCAUCGUCGCCAGCGCCUACAUACGAUGCACCUUCCAAAGCCCCAGAUGGUUUCACGAGGAGUCCGCAGGAAGAGGAUUCGCUGGUUUGCCCCAAUUGCGAAGACGAACUGUGCAUUGGAAACGACGAACUGAAGAGGCAGGUGUGGAUCGUGAAGCAGUGCGGUCAUGUGUAUUGUGGAGAGUGCACGGCGAACCGAUCUAAAAAAGGCAGCGCCAAAGGCAAAGAGAGGCAGUCAGUGAUACGGAAACCUUUCAAGGAGUGCGUUGUCGAAGGAUGCAAUAAGAAAGUCUCCCCGCCAAAGUCCAUGAUUCAGGUUUUCUUAUGA